CGGCGCAAAAGCACUGCCCCCGAUCUCCAAGGGCAGCCUGGGAGCGUCCGGGACACCAGCCGCAAAGGGAAGGGGGGGGGGAGAGCUCGCGAAGAGCGCUCUGCGGGCUUCCUGGAGCGGGGUUCGAGCCGGGGACCGUGCGCGCUCGCAUCGCAUCGCGUCGCGUCGCGUCGCAUCGAAUCGCCGCGGGAUCCUGGAGCGACCUGCGCGGGAUGCUGAUGGAGACCUUGUAGCGAUCCGUCAAGGACAGGCUGGACGAGGCUCCUGCUGCUGCGCGCGCGCACACACACACACACACACACACACACACACACGCACACACAUACACACAUACACACACACGCACCAGCGGGUGUGCCGGCUCUGCUCGUGCGGCGGUGCGCGCGGACGCCGGACUCCGCGGUCACGGGCCUCCCGCAGGUGUUGGGCACGGGACGUCAGAUGGGCGCGCGCUCGCUCCCAGGUGGAGAACGGUGACCCCCCACGUAGAGCAGUGUAGCCGCAACUCGCGAGAGAAGCAGGGAUGAAGGACACGGCGGAGCCCAAAGACCACCAGCUCACGGUUGCCCUGCGGAUCCGACCCCUCAGCGAUGCAGAGCAGGAGGAGUCGGCCUCGGUCGUGGCGCACCGGGUGGACGAGCAGAUGGUCGUUCUCAUGGAUCCCAUGGAGGAUCCCGACGACGUCCUCCGAGCCAACCGGUCUCGGGAGAAGACGUAUAUGUUCGAUGUGGCGUUCGACUGCUCCGCCACCCAGGAGGAGGUGUAUCGCGCCACCACCAAAGGCCUGAUCGAAGGCCUCAUCUCCGGUUUCAAUGCCACGGUGUUUGCCUAUGGGCCCACAGGUUGCGGAAAAACCUACACAAUGCUGGGCACGGACACGGAGCCCGGUAUCUACGUGCGAACUCUCAAUGACCUGUUCCGCGCCAUCGAGGAGACCAGCGAUGACAUGCAGUACAGCGUCUCCAUGUCGUACCUGGAGAUUUACAAUGAGAUGAUCAGGGACCUGCUGAACCCCUCCUCGGGAUUCCUCGACCUCCGCGAAGACUCCAAGGGCGAGAUCCAGGUGGCGGGCAUCACCGAAGUGUCCACCAUCAACGCCCAAGAGAUCAUGGAGCUUCUGAUGAAGGGCAACAAGCAGCGAACUCAGGAGCCCACAGCAGCCAACCAGACGUCGUCGCGCUCCCACGCCGUGCUGCAGGUGGCCGUGCGCCAACAGAGCCGCUGCCCCGACGUGCUGCAGGAGGUCCGAUUUGCCCGUCUCUUCAUGAUUGACCUGGCCGGGUCUGAGCGUGCCGCGCAGACGCAGAACAGGGGUCAGAGGUUAAAGGAAGGCGCCCACAUCAACCGCUCCCUCCUGGCGCUGGGGAACUGCAUCAACGCCCUGAGCGAGAAGCACGGCAACAAGUACGUCAACUACAGGGACAGCAAGCUGACGCGGCUGCUCAAGGACUCGCUGGGCGGGAACAGUCGCACCAUCAUGAUCGCCCACAUCAGCCCCGCCUCCGUGGCCUUCGAGGAGUCGCGGAAUACCCUGUCGUACGCCGACCGUGCCAAAAGCAUCCGCACGCGGGUGAAGAGGAACCUGUUCAACGUGCCCUACCACAUCGCCCAGUACACCAGCAUCAUCGCCGACCUGCGCGGCGAGAUCCAGCGCCUCAAGUCCAAGAUCGCCGAGCAGUCCAGACGAGCAGAUAUCCGCAACGUCCAAGCCGAGGUGCAGGCCCACGCCUCCCAGCAGAGCCGCGCUGAGACGGAGCAGCUCCGCAAGAAACUCCUGGAGGCCUUCCGCCAGCAGAUGGACGUGCGCAGGAGCCUCGUGGAGCUGGAGAACAGCGACAUGGACAUCCAGGCGGAAGCAUCCAAGCACCUGCUCGCCAUUGCCGACUGGGAGAAGGAGCGGAGCCGUCGUGCCCGGAAGUGGCGGGCCGAGCGCCGCAAGGAGAGCUUCAGCAAAGAGGAGAACGAGAAGGAGCUGGACUCUCCCGAAUCCCCACCCGAUGGCUCCGAGACUCGGGAGGUGCUCCUGGCCAGGGAGAACCUGGUUGCCCUCAUAGCAGAGCAGAGGAAGGUCCGCAAGCAGAAGGUGGCGCUAGAGCGCAGUUUCCAGGAGCUGCGGGAACGCGCCCAGCAUCUGGAGGAUCAGCUACCGCAGCGGGCGAGCUCCGAAGAGCAGCGCGAGGUGCUCAGCCUCCUCUGCAAGGUGCACGAGCUGGAGAUGGAGAAUGCCGGAAUGCAGUCGCGUGCCGUGCUCCGGGACAGCGCCCUCCGCAGGACGGAGGCCGUGGUGCAGCGCUUUGAGCGCCAUCGGGAGCUGUGUGACAAGAUCAUACAGCAGCAGAGGCGCUUCAUUGACGACCGCAGCCUCCUGGUGUCCCCACAACUCCAGGAUCUCUAUGAGAUGUACGCGAGGGAGCUGGACGACAGGAACCUGGACCGGCUGCUGGCCCUCAACCACAUCGCCCUGCGUACCCUCAAGGACGGCUCCCUGCCCAAAAUCGCCCUGCCUGGCCGACUUCACGACCCAGUGCAGGACAUGGACUCUGACCAGGAGAGCGUGCGCACGCUGGGCUCGGAGACGAGGCGUGGCCGGUCAAAGGUUCGGAGGCACACUCUCCCGCCCAUCCUCCCGGAGCCCGAGAGUGACAACAACCGGGUGUUCAAGACCAGCCCUCACCCUCUCCAGAUGAAGAACUCGGUGGUCAUGACCCCACCCCCCAUCCACAUCAACGGGCGGGGCGGGCAUGAGUUGGAGCCCCCUGGCCUGGAGAGCGCGUUUGGCUACGGCCCCGUGAGCCAAAGCGUCAGCAGCCAGGUGGACUCCUCCCCCGAGAGCAGCGAGACCGGUACCGACACCUUGCUCCCCCGCAGAGAGCGCCUGGAGAUCCUGAAUGGAGUGAAGGACAUCACCGUGAAAGCCGCCCGACGGCGCUCUAAGGCCCUGGAGACGGACGCCCUGCGGAUCCCUCCUCCGCUGGACCCCACGAAGCACAAGAGCAGCUUGUCCCUGAGCGAAGCGCCCCCUAGGGGCCCGCCACGGCAGCGCGGCCGCAGGCCUAGCCCCGAGCUCCGGCACGCCACCUCGGACGACAACCUGUCCAGCAGCACCGGGGAGGGGCCCAGUCGCCAGGGCACCUGGACCCGCCCACGGCACCGCCCCCACGCCCCCAAGAACCCCACCCCCGGGGAGCAGGACUUUGAGGCCCGGCGGCGAAAGAGGAGGUCCCGCUCUUUUGAGGUCACUGGGCAGGCGCUCUCACAGUCCAAGGCCUCUGGCCAGCGAAUCCGACCGCUGAACAGCACCUCCGACCCCCACCUCCACGUGAACGGCCAGCCGCCGGCCCCUCCGCUUCGCCCCCAGCCCCGGGUGGUCCCCCCUCUCACCAAAUCGCGGGUGGUGCCGCACGGACACCCAGGAGGGCCCACGACGGCGGCUUCGGACGUCUCCUCGUCCAACUUUCCCAGCGGCCACCUGGGUGGCCACAAGCGCGGGCCGCCGCUCAAGCCCCCGCAACCCCUGCUGUACAUCACCACCGCCGGCAUGGGGGGCAACCGAGGACGCAAACACUGAGCUGCCCCGACCCUCACCCCCAACCCCCCA